CGCACAGUUGCAUUGCAAUACGCAAGCGUCGCAGCUGAUUCAUUUCGCUCCAGUCUUCUAUUUUUCUCUCAGCACAAGCAAAAGGGUCGUUUUUUCUGGGUACAAAAUUUGGUGGGGAUCAUCAAAGAUUGCUCUUUUCGGCAAAAGAAAUUUGACCCCAAAGUAGCAUCGAUACUUGGUAACAAUAUUUAACUGGUUUUGGAUAAUGAUUGUGAAGGAUGACAAUUGUGGUGUUAGUUUUGGAGGAGGAGGAAGAGGGUUGCGGGGUUUUGGAAGCUUAAUUAGGAGGAAGCAAGUUGAUUCUGUUCAUAACAGGAGACAUGCUCAACUGGCUAGGAAGUUAUCUGCUGUUGACCUCGUUGGAAUUGGGGUUGGAGCUACCAUAGGAGCUGGAGUGUAUAUUCUCAUUGGAACAGUUGCUAGAGAGCAAGCAGGACCAGCACUUGUGCUAUCACUUCUCUUUGCAGGAAUAGCUGCUGGACUGUCAGCUUUUUGUUAUGCAGAGCUUGCUUGUCGGUGCCCGUCUGCGGGGAGUGCUUAUCAUUAUACGUACAUAUGCAUUGGAGAAGGGGUUGCUUGGUUGGUUGGUUGGUCUCUGAUUCUAGAAUAUACAAUUGGGGCAUCGGCUGUUGCUCGUGGCAUAACCCCAAAUCUGGCCUUGUUUUUUGGUGGAGAGAACAACCUACCUUCAUUUUUGGCUCGACAUACCUUACCAGCUCUUGGUAUUGUAGUUGAUCCAUGUGCAGCAGCAUUAAUUCUUCUUGUUACCCUACUCCUGUGCCUUGGAAUCAAGGAGAGUUCAAUGGCACAAUCCAUUGUGACCACAGUAAAUGUCUGUGUCAUGCUUUUCAUCAUUUUAGCUGGUGGAUAUCUAGGCUUCAAGUCUGGAUGGGUUGGAUAUGAACUCUCCAAUGGGUAUUUUCCUUAUGGAAUGAAUGGGAUAUUUGCUGGGUCUGCAAUAGUUUUCUUUUCAUACAUUGGUUUUGAUUCAGUGAGCAGCACAGCUGAGGAGGUCAAAAAUCCUCAACGAGACUUGCCAAUUGGCAUAUCAACUGCAUUAACUAUAUGUUGCAUUCUGUAUAUGCUUGUAGCAGCAGUUAUUGUUGGCUUAGUACCAUAUUAUGAGUUGAACCCUGAUACCCCAAUCUCCUCAGCAUUUUCUAGCUAUGGGAUGGAAUGGGCAGUGUAUAUAAUAACAACUGGAGCUGUCACUGCUCUUUUUGCAAGUUUGUUGGGUUCAGUUCUUCCUCAGCCACGUGUCUUUAUGGCAAUGGCUAGGGAUGGUUUAUUGCCCCCUUUCUUCUCAGACAUUCACAAAGGCACACAGAUCCCCUUGAAAAGUACCAUUGUCACUGGUGUCUUUGCAGCCACUCUCGCAUUCUUUAUGGAUGUUUCCCAAUUAGCAGGGAUGGUUAGUGUGGGAACAUUGCUUGCAUUCACCACCGUUGCAGUUUCAGUUUUGAUAAUCAGAUAUGUUCCACCUGAUGAGGUACCCAUUCCGUCGUCACUUCUAACAUCUGUUGGUCCAUUGUUGACGCAUUCUGGUGGUGAUAUUGGAGAAGAUAGGGCCAUAAGUCCUGUAGAGCAACUACAUGACAAGUCAGAGGCUUUGCUUGGGCAUCCGUUAAUCAUAAAAGAACAGACCAAAGAUGAACAGAAUGAGAAAUCUAGGCGGAAACUUGCUGCAUGGACCAUUGCUCUUCUAUGUAUAGGGAUUCUUGUAAUCACCAGUGCGGCUUCUGCUGAGUGGUGUCCCAGGAUUUUGCGCUUCACAUUUUGCGGAAUAGGUGGUAUUCUUCUUCUAUGCAGUAUAAUUAUACUGGCCUGCAUAAAGCAAGAUGAUACAAGGCACAGCUUUGGACACUCGGGAGGUUUUGCUUGCCCAUUUGUUCCAUUCUUACCUGCUGCCUGCAUUCUCAUAAAUACCUACUUACUCAUUGAUCUUGGAGUUGAUACAUGGCUACGAGUUUCAAUAUGGAUGUGGAUAGGAGUACUCGUAUACGUGUUCUAUGGCCGCACUCACAGCUCACUGUUGCAUGCAAUCUAUGUACCCUCAGCAUAUGCUGAUGAAAUCCAUCGUUCUCAAGCAAUUCAUCUUGCCUAGUAUUUUCACGGCAGGUACCAAAGUUACCACAUUGGAGGUCUCCAUCCAUUUGUUACAUAAUUGUCACCGUAAAUCACAUGCCUUACACCAAUUUGUAAAUAUCCUAUUCUAAAACUGAUACUUUAUUUCCGCUAUCAGACGGAUGAUAAAUAUGAUUAUUUAGUUGUUUAUUUAAACAAGUGGUGUCAUAUAUUUUACAAUGCAAAUAAAA